CACCCGUCUCCCGAAAGUUUGAACAAGGAAUCUAAAAGAUUAAGCAUGGAUCCCUUUGGUGACGACAUGAGCGAGCGCCAGAAGGCGCGACAGGAGUCGUACAAGGCCGGCAUUUCGGCGACGGACGCGCGGCGGCAGCGCGAGAAGACGACGAUUUCGAUCCGCAAGAAGAAGAAGAACGAGAAGCUCCGCAAGCGGCGGCAGGCAGGGCUUGCCGGCGAGGAGGCUGUUGUUGCCGAGGAGGCUGGGUUCACCACCGACCCCAGCGGCGAGCAGAGGAUCGACAAGCUCCCGCUGAUGAUGCAGCAGAUCACGUCGAACGACCCGAAGCUCAUGCUCGAGUCGUGCAUGCUCUUCCGCAAGCUGCUCUCGAUUGAGAUGAACCCGCCGAUUGACCUUGUCAUCGACAACGGCGCGGUCCCGAUCUUUGUGCAGUUCCUCGAGGCGUACGACCACCCGCAGCUGCAGUUUGAGGCCGCGUGGGCGCUGACAAACAUUGCCUCGGGCCAGUCGUACCAGACCCGGCAUGUCAUCACCAACCAGGCCGUCCCGCUCCUGGUCAAGCUCCUCUCCAAGGGCAACCCGGACGUGCGCGAGCAGGUGGUGUGGUGCCUGGGCAACAUUGCCGGCGACUCGACCCAGUGCCGCGACUACGUGCUCAGCUGCAACGUCAUGGAGCCGCUGCUGUACAACCUGACCGCGGCGUCGAAGCUGUCCAUGAUGCGCAACGCGACUUGGACGCUCUCGAACCUCUGCCGCGGCAAGCCGCAGCCGGACUGGUCGUACGUCUCGCCGGCGCUCCCGACGCUCGCCCGCCUCAUCUACUCGAACGACGACGAGGUCCUCACCGACGCUCUCUGGGCGCUCUCGUACCUCUCGGACGGCGCCGACGCCCGCAUCCAGCAGGUCAUCGACGCUGGCGUCUGCCGUCGCGUUGUCGAGCUCCUCUCGCACCACUCGCCGUCGGUCCAGGUCCCGGCUCUCCGCACCGUCGGCAACAUUGUGACCGGCAACGACGUGCAGACUCAGUGCGUUCUCAACUGCGCCGUCCUUCCGUGCCUCCUCUUCCUUCUCGGAUCGGCCAAGGAGAACAUCAAGAAGGAGGCGUGCUGGACCAUCUCCAACAUCACCGCAGGCAACAAGCACCAGAUCAAGGCCGUCAUCGACGCCAACCUCAUCGGCCCGCUCAUCGACAUCCUCAACACCUCAACGUUCUUCAAGACCAAGCGCGAGGCUGCCUGGGCCAUCUCCAACCUCACCUCCGGCGGCUCGCCCGAGCACAUUCGCUACAUCGUCUCGCGCGGCGCCAUCCCGCCGCUCUGCGACCUGCUCCUCGUCAACGACCCGGGCAUCAUCAUCGUCGCUCUUGAGGGCCUCGAGAAGAUCCUCAAGGUCGGCGAGCUCGACGCGAAGACCUUGGGCUUCAACGAGUACGCGGCCAUGGUCGACGAGGCCGGCGGUGUCGAGAAGCUCGACAAGAUCCAGUCCCACCAGAACCACGACGUGUACAAGAAGGCCGUCACCAUCAUCACCCGCUUCUUCUCCGGCGACUCGGACGACGAUCUCGACAACGCCCCGCAGGCCACCGACGGCCAUUACGCCUUCAACCAGGACAUGCCCAGCGGGCCUGCACCCAACGCGCUGCUUCCUGUGCCACCAGAGGUGAAGGCUCGGUGGGCUGAGCCAGGCGGCGGAUGCGAGGCCAGGCAGGCGGUCAUCCUCCCGCCACUGGCCUGGCCGCCGUCGGCGCUGGCUUCGUAUCCGGGCUCGGGCAACACGUGGUGCCGCGAGAUGCUGGAGAUGGCGUCUGGAGUGGUGACCUCGUCGAUCUACAAUGACACAGGGCUCAUCAGCGCCGGGAUGCACGGCGAGGGAGUGACCAUGGCCGACUACGCCCGGACGCUGCUGGUCAAGACCCAUCGCGGCGGCAUGGGCGACAUUGCCGCCGAUACCUGGCGCAAGGCCAUCAUCCUCGUCCGUAAUCCGCUCGAUGCCAUCGUCUCUAAGUUUCAUUACUUGACUUCGUUGUCGCAUGUCGACGAGGGCUCGCUCGAUGCCUGGAUCAAGUACAAGGCCCGCCUCCAGCCCGAGGCCUCGCUCUGGGCCGCUUUCUUCCGCUACUGGGCCGCGCCAAACCGUAAGUUCGCGCAUCUCGUCUUGGCCGACGCCCCGCUGGUGGUGCGGUACGAGGACAUGCGCGCUGAUCCCGGCUACUGGCUCAAGACCAUGCUCGACUACCUUGGUGUUCCGGUGCCAGAUCAUCGCAUAUCCUGCGCGGUAGCGACUUCGGCCCGCGGCCGCCUCAAGCGCUCGCACUCGUGGCUUCCGGUCUUUUCCGAGGCCGAGCGCAAGCAAGUCGAGUCGGCCGCCGCCCCGGCGUUGACCUCGCUCAACUACUGGCCACUGAUGCCGACCCAUUGCGGGUUUGGCCGCCACGGCGACGGCAUGAUCCGCCUCCCGCACCCGUACGCCGACAUUGAGUUUGCCGCAGUAAGCGGAGCCGCGUAUCCGCAGGCAAAUCAGCUGUUCUUCCGCCUUGUUCUCGUCUAUCCACUCCUUCCUGAUGCCACCCUCGACUCGGUUGUGCUCCACACCGCGCUGCUGGCACGGGCGUCGCCGAGCCUCGUCGACGCGCUGGUUCUUAUUCCGGCCGGCGCGCCUGCGCACGUGCUCGCAGCGCUCUCCGAGGCCGGCUUUGCCAUGCUGUCGCUGGCCAAGCAUGCCUCUGCCGACGAAGCCGGGCAGGCAUCGGCGGUACUGGGAGCGCUCCACGGCCUGCUGUUCUGCGAGCUCGACGUGGUGGUCUACGAUCCGGCCGCGCCGUGGUUCGCCGACUGGCUUGCGGCGCCUUUGCCCGGCUCGCUGGCGAGAAGCCUCGACUUUGGCACGGUCUUGCGCGACGCGCAGCCGGAUGCCAUUGUGCUCGGUGGAAGCAAGCAUGUCUUUGGCACAGGCCCGAUGUGGCUCAAGUCGUCGGACCCGACUCGGGCGAUGCUCAAGGCUGGCGUCUCUGAAGCGGCGCGCGACGAUACCGGACUGACCGGCGCCCGUCACGCGAUCAACCGGGUGCUAGAGGCAUGGCAGGUGAAGGAUUCCUUGUCCGAGCUCGGCACUGCGACAACUCGCGCCAUGGUACCGCUGAGAGUGCAGAAGGCGCGGGCAUGGGAAAUGUGCCGAGACGACGGGCUCGGCGAGGCGCGCUCGCUGGCACGGCGCGAAGAAGACGCCUCGCUCGCUCAGUGGCUGCUUAGCGCAGAGCUGGAUGCGAUAGCCGAAACGCGGGCGAGCUCGGGCCGCCUCGGGUGCGUGGUGUAG